CGUUCUCACAGCCACCACAAAUCCAAAAAAAGUGCGGGCUCUUUCCACCAACCCCCUCUCUUCAACUACUACAUCUACUUCCUCCCACCAUUAGGAGAGAGAAACUUUCUUCACUCUCCCUCCAUUUCUCUCUCUUUCUUCCAACCUCCCACUUUCAUGGCGGCCUCGGCUCACCCUUCUUCUCUCUGCUUCUCCCUCAACCCCACCUCAUCAAAAACCUCGAUUUCAAAGUCAACCAACAUCUUUGUUGGUGGGUCUUCCGUCAAAUUGUAUUCGGAUAAUUUGGGCUCUAAUCGAAUUGCAGUGAGUGUUGGACGGGUUAGAUCGGCGAUUCAUGCGAGUUCGACUCAGUUAACCCCUGCUGAGUCACCCAGUAGUAGUAAGAUGACGAGCUCUUCUAGGGUUCCUAACAUCGUCGAUGUUAAUUUGGGGGAUCGAAGUUAUCCUAUUUAUAUCGGACCUGGUCUUCUUGAUCAACCUGAACUUCUUCAAAGGCAUGUGCACGGAAAGAGGGUUCUUGUGGUUACAAACACCACUGUUGCACCUUUGUAUUUGGAUAAAGUUAUCAAUGCUUUAACUAAAGAUAACCCGAACGUAUCAGUAGAAACUGUGAUUUUACCGGAUGGAGAGCAGUAUAAGGACAUGGAUACUCUAAUGAAAGUCUUUGACAAAGCUAUUGAGUCAAGGUUGGAUAGACGGUCCACAUUUGUGGCCCUUGGAGGUGGUGUGAUUGGCGAUAUGUGUGGAUUUGCUGCAGCUUCUUUCCUGCGUGGAGUUAACUUCAUUCAAAUUCCAACUACUGUUAUGGCCCAGGUGGAUUCUUCAGUGGGUGGAAAGACUGGCAUAAACCAUCCGCUGGGAAAAAACUUGAUUGGGGCUUUUUACCAACCUCAAUGUGUACUUGUUGACACUGACACAUUAGACACACUGCCUGACAGAGAAUUGGCAUCUGGGCUCGCUGAGGUAAUAAAAUAUGGUCUUAUUAGGGAUGCUGAGUUCUUUGAGUGGCAAGAGAAGAACAUGGAUGCAUUGAUGGCAAGGGAUCAUGUUGCCUUUGCAUAUGCAAUAAAACGCUCCUGUGAAAACAAGGCUGAGGUUGUAUCUUUGGAUGAGAAGGAAGGUGGACUGAGAGCAACAUUAAACUUAGGUCACACUUUUGGACAUGCAAUAGAAACAGGAUUUGGCUAUGGCCACUGGCUUCAUGGAGAAGCGGUUGCAGUUGGAAUGGUCAUGGCUGUUGACAUGUCACACCGUCUUGGUUGGAUAGAUGAAUCACUAGUUGGGCGUGUUCAUAACAUCUUAAAAAAGGCUAAGCUACCUAUUGCACCUCCUGAAAGCAUGACUGUCGAAAUGUUCAAGUCCAUUAUGUCGGUCGAUAAGAAGGUAGCUGAUGGUGUGUUGAGGCUCAUCCUUUUGAAAGGUCCCCUUGGAAACUGUGUAUUUACCUCAGAUUACGAUAAAAAAGCACUGGACGAAACUCUGCGUGCCUUUUCCAAGUCCUGAUUCGUGAUAUUAGUAUAUACCCACUAUUCUUUUUGUAACCAGUGGAUUGUCAAGCAACCAUACCAUAAAAAGUGUAUCAACUCAACUAUAUGAAUCAUUUGUUGUUUUUAUGUGUAGAAACGGAAAUAGUUUCUGUUGUGAGAUGAAAUACCUGAUAGAGUGAUGAUAGAUACACGAUGUAAUAUAACCCUAAUAAUUAUCAAGUAGAAGUUCUCGAAUUAGCAUUUUUCCUUAUGGGAAGCUUCUCCA